ACAAAAUAAAAAUAUCCAAAUUGAUGACGAUCAAUGUUUUAGGAUUUUCAUAUUUUAAUUUCAAAUAUAAAAAUAAAUUAAGAAUCAACUUUUAAGUUUGAAAUAAGUAUAACUAAAUGUAACGUAAAUACAUAACUUAACUAAACGCUUCAAAUAUGGAUUCAAAAGACAUUUGCAUAGAAAUCGAGAACGAUGAGUUUUACAGCAAGUUUCUUGUGGAAUCGGUGAAGCCGCUGGUCGGCGAAAACAUAUCCGUGACAGAACAGGUCAACAAGCUGACCCAAGGGAUCGAGAAGCUCACAAAGAGUCUGGAAUCGCAAGUUUUAGCCAAACACAAUGACUUACUUACACAGGCAAGUAACAUUUCCGAUUUGGAGGCGAUGUUGGAGACCGUACGAUCUCAAGUGCAAGUAUUGCUCCGAGGCGCUGACAAACUCAAAGAUCGAGUGCACACACCCUAUCACGAGCUAGAAACACAAACUAUUAUGCUCGAAAGAGUCCAAACAACAUGCAACCUCCUCAGACAUACAUCUAAAAUAUUAAUGUUGUGGAAUAAACUCAUUGCAGUCAAAGAUAACCCUACAAAAGAAGCCAUGAUUCUUUUUGAGUUAAACGAACUAAUUAGCGAUUAUGAUUUCAAAGGUAUAACUUUACUUGAUGAUGUUUUAAUACAAGUUGAACAACAACAGAAGAAGUUGUUGCAAAGCUCCACCGACUUGUUACAAACUAGCCUGUUGAACGGAGAUAAGGUGAAACUUCUUCAGUGUUUCAAAGUGUUUCACAAUCUCCAGUGUACGGAGGAACAAAUCAAAUGUACAGUGGACAGCAUUUUAAAGGAUUUGAGGAAGGAAAUUAACACUGCACUAAAUGUACAAAUGGUGUCCAUUGAAGUUAAAAAAUCUAGUUCAGGCAGGAUUGCUCCUGGUAAAGCCAACAUAAUGAACGCUCAGGAUUUUAAGAUUAAACUCUGGGACAACAUUGAUAAGCUGUUUAAAAAUGAAAUGUACAACAGUUGCAUUAAAGUAGUGAUGCUGCAAAAUGUUGUGAACGAAUUACACGCUAUUGGAAAUUUCAGGAAUAUAGCAAAAAAGUUUUGGGAUGAACUGUCCAUAAUCUUCAGCAAUGAACUGGAGAAAAGUCCAUCUACAGUCAGUCAAUCUGUUGAGAUUGAUUUCCCAAAGCUACUGAAAUGUUUUAACGAUUUGCUGUCAAGAUUGAAAUGUAAGAACUUAGAAAUGAACCGUUCAUGUUUGACCAAAUGGGAGAAUUCGUUUUUAUCCAAGUCCUUGGCCAAACUUCUGGAGCCUGUGAGAAGCAUGUGGCAUUUGAACCAAGUGCCAACGAUGGAUCAAGUUGACAACGCCAUAAGAGUGAUAGCUGAAGCUCUAAGUAUUUCCUUGGCUGAUAAGAAUUUGAGUAUCAGCUUGGCGAAUAGUGUGGCAAAGAGCAUAAAACAAAUGAAUGUAGAAGCUGAACAACGUUUGUCAAUGGACAGUGACGUUGCACAGAUCAUAGAAGCACCGACAAGCUCCCAACAAAAGAACGCUGACUUGUGCAAUGUCUUGCACUACUUUACAUCACAAAUAAAAAGAGUCCUUGCUAACAUGAACUCCAUGCUACCCCAAGAAAGCAUUCAAAUAGUCCAGAACAGUUUAAAAGACAUCUCCAGUCUCCCGAUUCUCAAUAUGUUUGCUGAAUCAAUAAAAAAUUCUCUAUACCUUAUAUUAAUGACCAUGCAUGACGAGCCAGAUUUAAUCAGAGCAGAGGACCCAACUAACAAAACACUAUCUUGUUCUCCGUACAUGAAAGAGUUACAACAGUUUGUUUCACGUUGCAAAGACAUAUAUCUGUCGUUGUUUCAUGACAAACAGGCAUUGAAUGAAUGCUGUAUCAACAUAUCAAAAUGUUGUAUAGAAAGGUUUAUGCAGCAUGUAUGUAAUGUACGCCCUAUCAGUACGUAUGGAAGGGCAAAACUACAGGCUGAUUGCAAACACUUGGAAACAUCUUUAUCGCCUUUAGUAAAUGAUAUAACAGAGUUGGGAGACCAUUAUCGUCAGCUGAAGGCUUUGACUCUGCUUUUAGAGAAGAAGCCGCAAGAUAUAGCUAAGAGCCAACACGAAGGGGCGUUAUUACCUUACUCUUUGGUUAUGAUGUACCUCUUUUCAUAUGGAGGACAGCAAUUAUUGGCACCACAUGCAUGCGCAGGUUGGAACACCCACAAGCUGAUACAGUGGCUCGAGAGUCACAAGAACGAGCGAGACCGUUUGGAGUUUGUGGCCGGGGCGCUGCAGAGGUACCAGAACCAUGUGAGACAGAACCAAAUAACAUGUUACGAUGAGGUUUACCCCAUACUGUUGCAGUUACUGGAAGACGCCAGGAAGACAUUGAAAAAAUAACCAAAUCUAAAAAAGUAACUAUAGGAAAUCUUUUCUACUAGAACACUAAGAAAUUUUGUGCAUAUUACAAAACAAAGUCCUAUGUCACUUGUCUUUCUGUUUGUGUUAAAUUCUAAACUACUGACCAGAGGAGGGAUGCCUAUCUUGCAUCAUCACUUACCAUCAGGUGAGAUUGUAGUAAAGGGAUAACUUGUAAAAAAUAAUCAGUUUCACUAAUGGAUUCAGAAGGGUUCCACACUGAGAAAACCGGCGUUUUUACACUAGUUAAAAACCUUAAGCACGCCACUGAGUCCAAUGGGUGGGAAACAUAGGUUGGGUAUCAAACUGUAAACUUCUGUAAUUAGAGUCCCUUAAUAGAUAAGCUAUUGAUGUUGAUUAUGUACUAAUAUCAAACAACUUAGAUAUAGUUUGUAAAUAUAAUAAAAUACGUGAAUUUGUACUAUAUAACAUAUUUAUUAAAAUAAAGUUUGUUGAACAUAAA